AUGAGCGGUUUGAUAACGAAGUGUAGUUCUUUGACGCACCUGUGGUUUGUUACGACGUGCACGUCGUUGACGUACGUGCGGUUCGCUGACGACGUGCCGUUCUCUGCGUUAACGGGCGGUUCGCUGACGACGUGCGGUUCGCUGACGACGUGCGGUGCGCUGACGACGUGUGGUUCGCUGACGACGUGCGGUUCGCUGACGUAA